AUGACGGACUGGCUGUUCCCUCUCGAAACCGAGCUGCAGUCCUUCACGGAGGUGCUGCUCAAGGCGAUCGUGUACGAGGUGUCGGACGUGUUCCGCAACAAGAUGUCCGACUCCGAGGACGCGUUUCGGGCCAGGCUCCACAGGCUUUCCCAGAUCCUGGCCCGGCGGGCCGUGUUUAAGAUAAUCAAGUUUGUCGAGGGCACUUUCGGGACGGAGAUUUUGCUCUUGAAGCAGGAGGUGGAGACCCUGCGGUCGAAGCUGCAGUUCUGCGAGACGGGAGGAGAUCGGGGACGGAUAGAGGGAUCCCCACGGAUGUAUCUCGGGUACACGCCUCCCUGUGAAGCCACGGGAGAAAUCAAAGAAGAAAUUCACGUCAAAUGGGAGCUGUCGGACGUCGUAGACACACGGUGCAUCGGCUGUGUUGAGGCGGAUCGAUAUGCAUUUCGGCACCUGCGCGUCCACACGGGCGAGCGGCCCUUCCGCUGCGCCCACUGCCCCACCAGCUUCAGCCAGUCCAGCAGCCUGAAGAGCCACCUGCGCGUCCACACGGGCGAGCGGCCCUUCGGCUGCGCCCAGUGCGGCAAGAGCUUCAACGACCCCAGCACCCUGCGCACCCACCGGCGCAUCCACGCCGGCGAGCGGCCGUUCGGCUGCGCCCAGUGCGGCAAGGGCUUCAGCCAGGCCAGCACCCUGCGCGCCCACCUGCGCGUCCACACGGGCGAGCGGCCCUUCGGCUGCGCCCAGUGCGGCAAGAGCUUCGGCGACCCCAGCACCCUGCGCAAGCACCGGCGCAUCCACACGGGCGAGCGGCCCUUCCGCUGCACCCAGUGCGGCCGCGGCUUCUGCCAGUCGGGCAGCCUGACCACCCACCUGCGCGUCCACACGGGCGAGCGGCCCUUCGCUUGCGGGGCCUGCGGGAGGGGCUUCACCACCUCGAGCAGCCUGAGGAGCCACCACUGCGCCGGGGCUGAGCCGCCCGCCGCCGUCGUGAUCGCCUAGGAUUCUGGGAAGGGCCGGGCUGGCGUCUCUGUUCUAGAGAGCCGCCGUCGAGGGGGGAAGGAGGGGGAGGGGGAGACCAGAGUUACCUGGUCGGCACGAGACGGCGACGAUCACUUGACCAGGGUGUCAUGAGCUACCGAGGAGCUGGCUGGAACUGGUGGGGGGGGGGUGUUAAGCGUUUGGCGUCCGGGCGCUGCAGAACGAGCACUCCGCCUGACCGCCCACUGGGGCUCGGCCAUCGGGGCACGUGACGAUCCGCGCUCCUCGUGCGGACACACGCCGACGGAACCCCGAGGACUCCCCCGCCCCUCCUUAGGCGAGAGCCAUCGACUCCGCUGCUUGUGCCAGCGCCAGCUGCCCUAUCGCCCUGCGGCUCCCAGCUGGCAGCCCCGCCCCCCCCCCCACUGGAGCUCAGCAGGUGUGAGCCUGGUCAGUACCUGGAGGGGA